UUGUUUUGUGAUCGAACACAAUUCGAAUAAAUGCACAGAGUAUAUGAAAACAGUGAGUUAUAAAAGUCGAAUAAGUAACCGAUUACGGAAACGAAACCAGUGAUUUUUUUUAAUUUAUUAGUGAUUCAAUCAUUAUUUUACUACAGCGAUGUCGUCCGUAGAGUCAGAAAUUGAAUUGCUUGAGCGGGUUCUUUUUCGAUUGGGCACAACCGAAACUGAUGAACAACUUGAAGUAUCGGUCAAAAAAUUUCUGACACCAGUCUUACUGAAAAUCACAUCGCCAAACGAAUCCGUGCGAUGCAAGGUGAUGGAAGUUUUGACGCACGUCAAUAAACGAUUAAAGUCCAGACCAUUGGUUCAGUUACCAAUUGAUGCAUUACUUCAGCAAUAUCAAACAACUGAUUCAACGUUUUUGCACAAUUUUUCCAUAAUUUACAUAACAAUGGGAUUUCCUCGGCUUAGCCAAGAGGAACAAACCAAAUUGGCCACAUACCUAUUGAAUUGUUUAGAAGGAAAACCAGAAAAUCAUCAAGACAAAUUAUUGAUGUUAGUGUUGCCAUUGUUGGAAUCGAUCGAAAUACCAAAAGAUCCGGUAAAACGAUGCACUCUACUUGGUCUUAGCGAUAAACCGUCGACAAAAAAGCAAUUUUUGGCACUUUUACAAGAUGUCCUACUGCUACCGUACGGCGUCAUUCAAAGUGACGGCGAAGUUCCGGCAGGAAUGAGCUCAUACGCAUUCAAACGGGUCAUUGCAAAUGAGUGGAAGGCCGAAGAAUUGGAAAACCUGAAAAAAGGCAUUUGCCGUUUUCUAUGCAGCGGUGUAUUUUCCGAUCAUGAUAUUUUAACGUUGCUAGUUCUUGCUUCGGCCGAUACACGAUUUAGUGUUGCAACACCGGCCAUAGCCGAACUAAGUAAAAUCAAUUCAUCGCUUGAUUGGUCAGAUCCAGAAAUAACAGCACCAUUGUACACACUAUUUUUGGGAAACGGUUUAAAAAAUGCGGAACGCAAAACAAGCGCAUGCAGUGCACGUGUUCGUCAAAAAUUGUUACAGUAUUUGCUAAAGAGUCGAGGCAAAGGAAUCAAUACAGUGCGUGGCAUUCAAGUAAUUUUCGAAGCACUUUUCGGUGAAAAUAAUAAUCAAAAAUGCAAAGUAUUAGCACUUCAAUUUGCAAAGAAUUUGAUUCGAGAUGGUCAAAAGGAGCUAAUCGAUAAAAUUUCCAAAGUGAUUUUGUCGGGUGUAUCUAAAUUGAUUGGAGUUGAAUCAACUGAAACGGCUGAUAUUCAAAACGCAGCAUAUACAGCGAUUGCAAUGCUGGCACGAAAAUGUCCGGACAUCGUCAAUAAAGAUUUGCAACUAACCGUUGCCUACUUUAAUCAUUUGACACAAGCUCCAACCGAAUUGCACGAUUCCAUUCGUGAAGCAUUAAUUGCCAUUGCGCCCGCAUUUCAAUGGAAUAGCGGUGGUGGUGCUGCCGACGAUGAUACAACGGUAAGCACAUCGAAUUCGAAGGAUUUUGUACCAAAUUCAAAUCAAAAACUACUGCUUGCCAUGCUGAACGAACAUGCCGAAUCGAAAUCGACCAUCGUACAAAAUGUUACUUGCAUAUUUUUAACCAUUUGUUUCCCGGAUCACUUCGUGCCUGCACGAUAUCUCUUGCUUUUGAUAGCUGGCGAAAGAUCAUCAUUGCGUGAAACAAUCACACAACACUUAUACGGAGUUUCAAAGAAGGAUCACAUAAAUUAUUCGUACAUAUCGACGAUUGAUGAUGCAUCGACCAUAAAAACUGAAGCGCUUGACGUGAAUCAAUUAUCAGCCGAACAGCGUCGCGUUAUAUUGCCUUCGUUUAAAGAGAUGAUCAAUCAUGUGUAUGAAAUGAAUCAGAAGCGAUUGAGUAAUUCAUCGACACAGCGUUAUGUUUACGGUCGAGCCACCCUUACCUAUUCGUAUGAAGUGUACACAGAGAUUUUGGACUAUUUGCGAUUGUGUCUGUGGUAUUCAGCGGGCAUUCGAUCAAAUCCAAAUAACGCAAAAUUUGUAUCCAAAUUGAAUACGUACAUUCAAAACAAUUAUGAAGCGAACGAAGAGAAUUUCCUUCAAAAAUAUUUGAUGUUGGUGAAACAGAUUUUGGUGGCAAAGCGUGGAAAUAUCGAAUUAAUUUGCAUUUAUGAUUUAUUAAAUGCUGAAUUACAAACAUUAAGCCAACAAUGUUACGAUUUGAUGGAUAGUUUUGCAUUGUCAUUGAAGGAUGUUUCGGAAUAUACGCGAAUUUUGGUCUCACAAAGCAUCGGAAUUCUUUGGGCUAUUGGAAGUUCAUUUGAUCAGUUUAAUGCUUAUAUCAAAGAAGUAUUAAAUUCGUUAUCACAACGACAAAUCGAGCAUCGUCAUGGUAGUUUACUGGCAUUGUCGCAUGCAAUGCAUCGUAAAAUUGUCUCAUACCGAAAAUCAAAUGAAAAUAUCACAUCCGAAUGGGCCGAAUUGAAACAAGUCAUCGUUUUGUUAAUCGAUCACUUGACCGAUCAACAGCCAUUGCUGGUUUCGGCUGCGAUUAAUGGAAUUUCUUUGAUUGGUUCGGUGAUAAAAUUACCAUUACCUGAUUGCACGGAGAGUGAUGCUGGUUCGUCUUCGACAACAACAACCUAUGAUGCUGACGAUGAACAAAUGGAUGUGGAUGGUGAAUUAAAUGAAUACAGCAAAGCGUUUGUUGCACAAAAAAUUCUAUUUCUAUUGAAAAGUGCACAUUCACGGCCGAAAAUCCGAGAGGAAGCCGCUCAUUGUCUUGGCCAUUUGGCCAUCGGAGACGGUGCCUAUUUUACUCAAGGACACUUGAAAGCAUUCACCAAAAUGAUUAAAUUGACAAAAGAUCCCGCUCUGAAUAUCGCCAUUGCACAAUCGAUCGUUUUGACAGUUUUGGGACAUGAAAUUGAUGACAAUAAAGAAAGUCAUGGCGAAACAUUGAAUCCACAUUGCAGUGAUAAAUGUUUUGACGAAUUUUUAAACAGUAUCAUACGAAUGGUGGCGGAUCCAAACCCAGCAUCGCGACAUUCAAGUGGCAUAUGGCUAUUAGCACUUGUAAAAAAUUGCUCAAAACGUUCAUCGAUCUACAAACGAAAAGAUAUCUUACAAUAUGCAUUCACCGAACUAUUAUCAGAUGAUAGCGAAUUUGUACAAGAUGUGGCAUCGCGUGGCCUUGGAUUGGUGUAUGAAAUGUCGGCAGUGAAAAUUCAAGGCGAUUUAGCCAAUUCGCUAUUGAAUCAACUAUUAGGCGGAAAACGGCAGGUGAAUCAAGUCACCGAAGAUACAAAACUAUUCGAAGAAGGCGUACUCGGCAAAACUCCAACCGGUGGAAAUAUAACAACGUACAAAGAACUGUGCAGUCUUGCGUCUGAUUUGAAUAAACCAGAGAUGAUCUAUCAAUUCAUGCAACUCGCCAAUCACAAUGCGACGUGGAAUAGUAAACUGGGUGCAGCGUUUGGCUUGAAAUCAAUAUCGAAAGGGGCCAAAGAUCAAAUGAAACCAUUUUUAGAGAAAAUUGUGCCACGUCUCUAUCGUUAUAAAUAUGAUCCAACGCCAAAAAUUCAGCAUUCAAUGAUUUCCAUAUGGGAUUCAAUUGUAAGCGAUUCAAAAGAAACAGUUGAAACAUACUACUGGGCCAUUUUAGAUGAACUAUUGAAAAAUUUAACGGACGUUGAAUGGCGUGUACGAAUUGCAUGUUGUUUGGCUGUUCGUGACUUAAUCAAACGUUCAAAUGGCCUCAAAUUAAGAUAUCACGAUCGUCUUUUAUCGGUCAAAGCAAGCACCAGUGAUAACGAUACGAAAAUGGAAAUUGACGAAGCCGAAAAUUCAAAUCAUUCGGUUCAUUUGGGCAAUGAAGAAAUUCAAUGCAGUGAACCGGAACUGUACACACUCUGGAUACAGUUGUUCCGUGUUAUGGAUGAUGUGCAUGAAGGAACGCGAUUGGCUGCCGAAGGAACGGCCAAACAAUUGAGCAAGAUUUGUAUCGUCGCCGCAUCAACGAAUAAUGGGAAAGCUGGUGAAAUUGUAGCAAGCACUUUGAUACCGGUCCUAUUGAAUAUUGGUGUAACGAAUACGGUCGCCGAAAUUCGUUCGCUCAGCAUGAAAACGCUAUCCGAACUGAUUGAUUCGUCGGGCUCGUUGUUGACGCCACAUCUUCAAGUAUUGGUUCCAUGUUUAUUGAAGGCCACCGGUGAAUUGGAACUACCAAAAUUAUCGUAUAUGUCAAAUCAAUUGGGUGGCAAUGCGGAUGCUCAAGAAAUGAUCGACUCGGCCCGAGCCGAAGUGGCCAAACAACAUCAUUCAACCGAAACACUCACCAAAUGCAUUCGAUAUAUUGAAUAUGAUUCAUUGGAAAAGAUGACACCCGAUAUCGUUGAAUUGAUGAAGGUCACCGUCAAUUUGGGAACAAAAAUUGCGUGUGCGCAUUUCGUUUGCUUGAUCACGAUUCGAUUCCAGAAAGAGAUGCAACCCUUAGUUGGCAAAUAUCUGAGUGCAUGUUUCAAUGGUCUUAAAGAUCGUAAUAAUAUUGUUCGAAAAUACAACGGAUCGGCGAUGGGACAUUUGGUUGGAAUUGCAAAGGAUCAGUCUGUGAUUCGUCUCUUCACAAAGCUCACCGAUUUCUACUUUGAAAAUCAAUCAAACAAAGGUAUUCCGCAAACAAUAUCCGCAAUAAAUAAGCGUCAUCAAGAAAUUCUAAAGGAUUAUUCGGCGCACAUAUUGCCAUUGAUAUUCUUUGCGAUGCAUGAACAAGUCAACGAUGACAAUCGUACAACGAUUGAAUCAUGGAAAGAGCUAUGGAUGGAUGUGAGUCCCGGCGAUGCUGGUAUUCGUAUGAAUCUUGAAUCGAUAAUGCCAAUGUUGGAAAAAUCAUUGAACGAUUCAUCGUGGAGUAUAAAGGCACAAGGUGCGAAUGCAAUAAAUACGAUUGCAACACGUUUGGGCAAAAAUUUAGAUCAUGCCGAACGUAAUCGUUUGAUCAAUGCUCUAUUGCAAGCAAUAAGCGGUCGAACAUUUCAAGGAAAAGAACGUUUACUUGAAGCAUUGGCCAGUCUAUGUGAUGGACUGAAAAAAGAUGAUUCACAAAUUCAUCAACAAAUUAUCGAUUCGGUGAUGAAGGAAUGCAACAAAGAAGAGCCAAUCUAUCGAACACAUGCGCUGAAAGCAAUCGGCGAUGUGUUGGAACAUUUGGAAGAGGAUCGUUUUGAGGAAUUGUACAAUAUGAUUUGGUAUUUGAUUGAUAAAAAGGAUUUGGCAUCGGUUACCGGCGACGAUGAAGAGAAAAAUCUAUCGUCUGACGAACGAAAUAAACGUGCUAUGAUUUUUAUCAAUUUAAAAGAAACGGUUUGUGAAACAAUGGGCAAAGCAUGGCCAGCCCAUUCAUUGGAAACACAGAAAAAGUAUCAAUUGAUGUUUGUCGAACGAUGUGUUCAAUGUUUGCAAAACAAUACUCGUCCCGUGCAAUUGGCAUUGCUGAUUGCAUUAGGAAAAUUUGUGGAACGUUUGAAAAUUCUUGAGGUGCCGAGUAAAUCGAAUGCGGAAAGUGCAGGCGAAAAGAAAUUUAAAAUCGAUGAAAAUGAGGGAAUUCUUCAGAAAAUCUGCACCGAUAUUUUAUCGGCCGUGGUCUCGGUGUCAGCCAUUCCACAUACGGGUUUGAAAAAGGAAGCGCUCAAUAUUUUAUUGACAUUAUCGAGUCGUCUGAUUGAAAAACAAGCAACACAUGAACUGGCACUGUUGAAGCGAACUUUCGAUGAGAUUUUGGCUACACUGCAACGUGACAAUGCACCAGAGAUUAAAAUUCGAGUGAAGGACAUCGAAGAAAAAUUGAAAAACGUCUAAAUCAAAAGGGAAAUCGAGUAAUUUGUGGUGUUUGUAAAAAUCUCGGUCAUUCUUAAUAUAAAAAGAAUAAAAUUUCAAAAUAAUAAUAAUAAUAAUUUUAAA